GAAGCUGGCAGUGAUCAUCCUUAGCUCAGCCUCACCGACCGACACCAGGUGUGAACAUGUUACCUUUAUCCAUUAAAGACGACGAGUACAAACCGGCCAAGUUCAACCUGCUGGUGAAGCUCUCAGGAUGGUUCAGGUCGAUUCUCGCCGAUAAAACCUCCAGGAAUCUGUUUUUCUUCCUGUGUCUCAACCUGUCCUUCGCCUUUGUCGAGUUGAUGUACGGUAUCUGGAGUAACAGUUUAGGUCUGAUCUCAGACUCCUUCCACAUGUUCUUUGACUGCACUGCCCUGCUGGCAGGUCUGGCAGCCUCAGUCAUCUCCAGGUGGAGAUCCAACGACAGCUUCUCAUACGGCUAUGUGAGAGCAGAGGUUCUGGCAGGCUUCGUCAAUGGACUCUUCCUCAUCUUCACUGCUUUCUUCAUCUUCUCUGAAGGAGUUGAGAGAGCUCUGGAACCUCCUGAUGUUCACCAUGAACGCCUGCUUCCAGUCUCUGUGGCCGGUCUGCUGGUUAACCUGAUCGGGAUCUUUGUGUUCCAGCAUGGAGGGCAUGGACACUCGCAUGGAGAGGAAGGUCAUGGCCACAGUCACUCUCUGUUUAAUGGCAGUCUGAAUCACAGCCACAGUCACAUAGGACAAGACCACCAGAACAAACAUGCUGACCGGCACAGUCAUGAAGGACACGGACACAGUCAUGAAGGACAUGGACACAGUCAUGAAGGACACGGACACAGUCAUGAAGGACACGGACACAGUCAUGAGGAACCACACUGUCACAAUGAGCUGCAGCACACACCAGGAAAAGGUGCCAGUAAACAGAUCCUGCAGGGAGUCCUUCUGCACAUCAUUGCUGACACUCUGGGCAGUAUCGGUGUGAUCAUCUCUGCCCUGCUGAUGCAGAAAUAUGAGCUGAUGAUCGCUGAUCCCAUCUGCUCCAUGCUAAUUGCCCUCCUGAUCGGAGUCAGUGUGGUGCCGUUACUGAAGGAGUCUAUUGGGAUCCUGAUGCAGAGAACUCCACCUUCACUGGACCAUGCCCUACCAGAAUGCUACCAGAGGGUUCAGCGGCUGCAGGGAGUGUACAACCUGCACGAGCCUCACUUUUGGACUCUGUGUACUGAUGUUUAUAUUGGAACGUUAAAGCUGCUGGUUGCCCCCGAUGCUGACACCCGCUGGAUCCUCAGCCAGUCACACAACAUCUUCACACAGGCAGGAGUUCGACAGUUGUAUGUUCAGAUCGAAACGGCUGCCAUGUAGAAGCUCCUCCUCCUUCAUACCUGGGACCAAUCACAUUCAGUCUGCAGCUGACCUCUGACCCCCGUAGCUCCAGUCACUACAGGACAAACUGAGAUGAGGAAGGGGGCACACUGAGAACUGAAGAACUCUAACAGCCCUGCCUGCCCCCCCCCCCCCGAAUGCUUUUUUUUUUUAAUUACAAAAAAACAUAUUUGUCCGUGUGGGUGGGCAGCGUGCCUCCCCAUGCACUUUAUAGACUGGCAAAGCAUUCUGGGUAAGUGCCUUCAUCAUGAAUCAGAGACAAUCUGAGCCCCUCCCUCCACCACAGCCACAGCUGACAUCACUGAUAGAACCUGCUGAUUGGUCCACAGUGAGUGUGAUGUGUCUGUGCUUUUAAUGUGCCAAACCAUGUGACUGGUCAAUGGGUUUCAGUAUUUUUUAGCUGUAAUAAAUAAUUCUGUUUCUCUGAGCUUGAGCUAUUAUUGAUCUCUAUCUUUGUUGACAUCACAUUAGUUGUAAUGCUUGUGGCAGCAUUUAGAGUUUCUGUUCAAUAAAGACUUAUAGGAGGAUCAGCGCUA